AUGGAAAUAGCAAAAGAGUUAGUAUUGAAUUUAAAACAAGGCAAGCCAUCACAUUCAGGAUAUGGCUUGCAAAAGGAGUGCGAACUUCUCAUUAAUCACAUUUUACAAAACAUGGUGCUUUCCCAUCUACCGGAAUUAAUCCCAGAGGAAAAAAAUGAAGAGGAUUCGAUUCAAUAUAGAGAAGAAGGAGAUCAACACUUUGUUAUGGGUGAUGACGACGAAGCUAUAAAAUCUUAUACAAUGAGUUUAGCGUAUGCAAACAAUAAGGAACUUAUGUCUUAUGCUCAUGCAAAUCGAUCUGCUGCCUUAUAUAGAAAACAGAUGUUCAGGGAAUGUUUAAUAGACAUUGACGCCGCUUUAAAUCUUGGAUACCCGGAAGAAAAAAGAGAAAAGUUAAAAGAGAGAGGUGCUAAAGCGAUUGACGAAAUAAAAAAAAAGUUCGAGCUUAAAGUGAACGAGCGCGUCGAUGCGGAAUCGUUUAUGAAGUUGUGCUUAUCGGAUGAUACAAACAAUGCUCCUGUUGCUGUUAAAUAUAAGAAAGGGAGUGUGAAGCUUUCAGAAAUGGAAAACAAAAGUAUUGGCGUUAAUGAGGAUUCAAUUAACGGUUGUAAAAAAGAGGAGGAGAUACCUAAAGCUGAAGAAAAGAAACCAAGAUACUUGGCGGAUGAAGGUCCUUUGAAAUUAGCUUAUGGCCCCAGUAAAGAGGCUCCUGCUGCUAGCAAUGGUGUUGCCAUUGUCUUUUCUGAAAAGUACGGACGUCAUUUAAGAGCUACAAAAGAGUUUAAGCCUGGAGAUGUAGUAACUGUUGAAGACCCAUAUGAAUAUAUUCUUUACACACAAAGAUAUUAUACACAUUGUCAUCACUGCCUAUCGAGAAGUUAUAAUUUAAUUCCUUGCCUACACUGCCCUGUGGCGCAAUAUUGCUCGGAAAAAUGUAGGGAAUUAGCUUGGGAGAUGGCUCAUCAAAUAGAAUGUCCAAUUAUGGCGAUAAUUGGAAAUCUACUUAACGUCGAUAAAGAUAAAAUACGCAUGCUUACCAAAAUAAUUCGGUUCUUGAUCAUGGUUACAGGAAAAGGCAAAAAAAUGGAUGAACUGCGCGCAGACAUGGAAAUAGCUGAGCGUAAUCCCGACAAUAGAACCGCAGGAUUUACCGAUGAAGGCAUAUUGGAUAGUAGCAGCGCACGAUCCGCCCUCAGUCUUGCUACGAACAUGACGACGAGGCCGUUGAUUGGGAUUAGUGCAUUCGCCUGUCUUUCAGCCCUCGCAGUUAUCCUUCUAGCCACGCAAACUAAUUUCUUCUGCAAAAAAUACGAAGCGGACGAGUUAAAAGACAUUAGCGAAUAUUCUGAUAUCAAAUUCUGUGGCACUCUUAUGUUUCGCGCUUGUGUCAUAACGUCUUCCAAUUGUUUUUCAAUACAACAGGAGUACAGAUGUCUGGAGGGUUCAGGUUUAUACGUAACUCAUAGCUUGUACAAUCAUUCUUGUGCACCGAACACGUUCCGCCACUUUGAAGGUUUAACAAUGAUCACUCGUGCUCUGCAGCCGAUACAUCCUGGAGAUCAAUUGUUUACGAAUUAUGGUCCUGCGUACGCGCACAUGGCAAAAUCUGAAAGAAUAAAAAAGAUAAUGCAAGACUAUUUUUUCGAAUGCGACUGCAGUGCGUGUAAAGACAAUUGGCCGACGUACACUGAGAUUUUAGAGAAACACGUUGGCUCUAUUAACAAGAACAAGGAACUUGUGGAGAAAUUGAAACCCUACAAGCAACGACUGGAGAAGAAUAUGUAUGACAUCGACGCAGUAAAAUCUGUCCUGAAUAUAUUAUAUAAAGUGGUGUCUCCGCCGUGUGAGGAAAUCGUACAUGCAGAGCAAUACCUAAAGACUUAUUACUUAGGUAAAUUCAGAUAAAUUUACAGUGAAUCUGCUUAUACUAAUUUUUUAAUUUAUAGCUUUUGCUUACCUGCGAAUAUUUGCCAUCGUUCAAUACUUUAUUUAUUCCUCUAUAACACUUUUAAUUAAAUGCUUUGCAUUUUGUACACUGAUUUUAAUUACUGCUAUUAGUCUAAAUACACAGCUUAAAAUCUGCUUCACGCAACUAAUCGUUUGGCUGCAAUGGUAUGUGAAAUGUUAAUAAAGUAGACACGUACAAUUUCAUG